AUGAAGAUUUUGCGUUCCACCAAUCAGGCGUUCUUGACAAGGACAUCGGAGAUAAAGUCACGCAUGAGUCCUGUGCAAGGAGCAGGCGGUGCUCCCGCUGUGCGCAUACAGAUAGCCAAGGAACUCCGAGCACUACGAUUCGUCACCAUGGUGAAUUCGUUCCGUCCAGCUGAAGCCGUGGAUCCCAGUGUCGAACGAUACGCAAUGGAUCGCGAGGUUGUGAAGGAGUGCAUGAAAAAGGUUAUCAAAGACCUCAAUGGCAAUCUUCGCAGUAAAAGGUCCUUCUGUCAUCCCUAUCGCCCUUAG